ACGUAACGAAACCAGAGAAAGAGAAAGAACGGAGGCUCUGAGACAAUGAUGGAUCGGGUCCGGAAAUCCGGUUCGCGUCAGAUUCGGAUCCUCUCGAAAUCCGCCCACCACCCCCUCCUCCGGCUCCGGCUCCUCUUCCUCUUCGUCCCCACUUAGAACAGACGAAGAUCCGUUACCCAUUUCUUCAGAAUUUUUUUCGUUUUCCCAAUCUUCAAUUUCUGAGUCAAUUCUCAAUUCAAUUUGUUUUGCGAAUCCGCCAUGCCUUCACCUCCUCCUUCAUUAGUCCUUCACUUAUCUGAAGACGUCCUCCUCCGGGUUCGCAGCAGCCUCACCGACGAUUCCGAUGCCAAAUCGUGGCGGCGGGUUUGCAAGGACUUUCACCGAGUCGAUUUAGUUUCUCGUAGAACUCUGAGAGUCCUCCGAAUCGAGUUUCUGACGAGUUUACUUGCUAAGUUUGGCAAUAUCGACUCGUUGGACCUCUCGGUCUGCCCGCGGAUUAACGAUGGAACAGUGCCCAUUCUUCUGUGGCCUGAUUCGUCGAGGUGGAGUCGGCGGCUGAGAUGUUUGAUUCUGAGCCGAUCGUCGGGAUUGAGCUACUCCGGGUUGGAGCAGCUGGUACGGGCUUGCCCUGAGCUGGAGGUGAUCGACAUGUCGUACACUUGGGCGUUUGGGGAUAGAGAAGCGUCGGCGAUAUCGAAUGCUAAGAGGUUGAAGGAGCUGAGGUUGGAUAAGUGUUUGGGGAUUACGGAUGUGGGUUUGGCGAAAAUUGUGGUUGGGUGUGGGAGAUUGGAGAGGUUGAGCUUUAAGUGGUGCUUGCAGAUUUCUGAUCUUGGAGUUGAUCUUCUGUGUAAGAAGUGUUUGGAUUUGAAGGUUCUUGAUUUGUCAUAUCUCAAGGUGACAAAUGAAUCAAUGUGCUCGGUAGCUUCUUUACCAAAGCUUGAGGUUUUGGUUAUGGCAGGCUGUCUUUCAAUUGACGAUACUGGUUUGCAUUAUCUUGAACAUGGGUGCCCUAUUCUAAAGGAACUUGAUAUUUCAAGAUGUGAUGGCAUUAGUGCAUAUGGCUUAACAUCUAUAAUUAGAGGUCAUGAUGGUCUUGAGAAGCUUGAUGCAGGCUACUGCUUCUCCGAGCUUCCCAUUGACUCUCUUCACUGGCUGAAGAACCUUAAGUGUCUAAAAGCAAUUAGGCUUGAUGGUACUCGACUGUCUAGCUCGUUUUUUGAUGCAAUCAGUGUCCAUGUGGAAAUUGGGUUGAGCAAAUGCAAUGGGGUGACUGAUGCUAACAUCAUUCAGCUGAUUUCUCGCUGUAAUAGCUUGAAAGUCCUCAAUUUAGCAUGUUGCCCUUCCAUCACUGAUGCAGCAAUUUCUUCAAUGGCCAGCUCUUGCCCGAAAAUUGUGUCGCUGAAGUUAGAAUCGUGCAACAUGAUCACUGAAAGGAGUCUUGACGAGCUUGGAUUGCGUUGCUCCUUACUCGAGGAACUUGAUCUUACUGAUUGUUGUGGUGUAAAUGAUAAGGGACUUGAAUGCUUAUCAAGAUGUUCACAAUUGUUAUGUUUGAAAUUAGGACUAUGCAGUCAUAUAACAGACAAAGGGUUGAUCAAGAUUGCUCUUAACUGCACAAGGAUUUAUGAACUCGAUUUGUACCGUUGUCUGGGUAUCGAGGAUGCCGGUUUAGGAGCUCUAUCAAAUGGUUGCAAGAAAUUGAUGAAACUUAACUUGUCCUAUUGUAAAAAUGUUACAGACCGAGGAAUGGAGUACAUCAGCCACCUUGAAGAACUCUGCAACUUAGAGAUACGUGGGCUUCAGAAUGUCACAAGUGUUGGUUUGACAGCAGUUGCAGCUGGUUGUAAAAGAUUAGUAGACUUGGAUAUGAAACAAUGUGAGAAUGUCGACGAUUCUGGCUUUUGGGCACUUGCCUCGUACGCUCGGAAUUUGCGACAGUUAAAUGUGGGCUCUUGUGCUGUAUCAGAUAUGGGAUUAUGCAUGCUGAUGGGAAACCUUACAUGCCUUCAGGAUGCCAAGCUUGUAAACCUUAAAAAAGUCUCGGUACGAGGUUUAGAGCUUGCACUUAGGGCCUGCUGCCUCCGAAUCAAGAAAGUCAAGUUGGAUGCAUCUCUCAGGUUUUUGCUCUCCUCAGAGAUACUAGGAAUUCUGAAUGCUUGGGGUUGCAAGAUUAGAUGGGAUUAGAUCAAACCCGAGAAGCCAGCUUGGGAUUUCUCGUCAAUAAUGCAUAGCUGUUUCUCAUGUUCUAUUUGUACAGAUCAAAUUCAAUGGAAGAAGUGCCAUAGUUAGAAACUUCUUAAUAAGCAUUGAUCGAUGCAUAUAGAUUGUAAUGUAUUGAACUAUUUUGUUCCCCUCUCAAUGCUGUGAGAUUGGAGGUGAAGAUAGAGUUUGAAAGAGUUGUGUUUUAAAUCUUUAGUUGCAAUAAGACGACACUUGGUAAUCGGUAA